ACCAAGAAGGAUGGGUCACUACACCACUGUUUAGGAGCUGCUACUUCUAGUGAGAAUGUAGCAUAUUUCUAACAGUGAAAAAAUAUAUUAAGAACUGCUGACCUUUCUCUCUCGUCCUACCGCCGAACAUGCCGAAAGCAAAGAAGGCCAAGGGGAAGAAGGUGGCUCCGGCCCCUGCUGUUGUCAAGAAGCAGGAGGCCAAGAAAGUGGUAAAUCCACUAUUUGAGAAAAGACCUAAAAAUUUUGGCGUUGGACAAGAUAUCCAGCCCAAAAGAGACCUCACCCGCUUUGUGAAAUGGCCCUGCUAUAUCAGGUUGCAGCGGCAGAGAGCCAUCCUCUAUAAGCGGCUGAAAGUGCUUCCUGCAAUUAACCAAUUCACCCAAGCCCUGGACCGCCAAACAGCUACCCAGCUGCUUAAGCUGGCCCACAAGUACAGACCAGAGACGAAGCAAGAGAAGCAGCAGAGGCUGUUGGCCCGGGCCGAGAAGAAAGCGGCUGGCAAAGGGGACGUCCCCAGUAAAAGACCACUUGUCCUCCGAGCAGGAGUCAACACUGUCACCAGCCUGGUGGAGAAGAAGAAAGCGCAGCUUGUGGUUAUUGCUCAUGAUGUGGAUCCCAUUGAGCUCGUUGUCUUCUUGCCUGCCCUGUGUCGUAAAAUGGGAGUCCCUUACUGCAUCAUCAGGGGUAAGGCAAGACUGGGACGUCUAGUACAUAGGAAGACCUGCACCACUGUCGCCUUCACACACGUUAAUCCAGAAGACAAAGGUGCUUUGGCUAAGCUGGUGGAAGUUGUCCACAACAAUUACAGCUAUAAGAAGAUCUGGUGUCACUGGGGAGGCAAUGUCCUGGGUCCCAAGUCUGUGGCUCGCAUCGCCAAGCUAGAAAAGGCAAAGGCUAAAGAACUUGCCACGAAACUGGGUUAA